UUUGUUUCUUCUUGUUUCGGCGGCUUUUACGGUGAUCUACCUCCGUGUAGUCAAGAAAGUUAAACGCUGAGCUUCUAGGUGAUUGGGGCCCUCUUCUUUGUUAUUACCACCACCCAACACCAAUGAAGCCGCGGCGACUCUUCAUUGCUGUGAAAGAUUUCACAGGGGAAGCCAAAGCAGGUGGAGAGGUCAAGGUAUCCAGGGGUAGCUUACUAAGCCAGGAAGAUGCACGUGGGAUCUCCCCUGAUGGAACGUUUUGGGCCAAGAUCUUGGAUGCAGAAAAGGUGGUCCGGGUGCCACCAUUGAUGGCCUGGGAACUGAGUGGAGCCCAGUCUGGGUUGCUGGAAGCUGUGACCAAUGGAGAUGAACGCUUGGCACUCUUCAAGCAGGAGCGAUUGAUGCGCAGGCUCAGUGCCCUGGGGAAGGGUGACCGAGUGAGGGUCCAGAUCACUUCUGCUUCUGGUCAGAAAGUUCAAGGCAUCAUCCGAUAUCGAGGACCCAUAGACAAAAGCAAGCAAGAUACCAGCAUCAUCUUUGGGGUAGAGCUAGUGGGCUCAGCAGCCGGGAAGGGUUUUACAGAUGGCUCCUUCAAAGGACACAAGUUCUUCUCCUGCCGUGAGAAUUGUGGCGUCUUUGUACCCAUCAGCCGGAUUGAGCCUGACAAAUCAGUUGAGGGUAGUCCAUCAGCACGUCGAAGAGGAGGGAUCCGGGAGUGCACAAGAGUCCAGCUUACAACAGGAGAUCCCUUGUCAUCCCCAGGACUAACAAUUGGAGACCGGGUCUUUUUCAAAAUGGAAAACAGCACCCCUACUGGCAGUGUGGUGUACUGCAAUCAUCUUCCAGGGAAAUUUGAAGCCGGAGUGUUUGUGGGAAUACUUCUAGAUGAGCCAGUGGGUUCCUGGGAUGGUUGCUUCAAAGGCAAGCUUCUCUGUCAUUUCCCAUCACCCAAGUAUGGGAUCUUGCUCCCCAUUUCCAAAGUGCAUAAAGAACAAGUUGAUAAAAGUCCAGAGGUCUUGAACAGCAACUCUUCCACUCCUACUUCAGAUGAAUAUGAAGAUUGUCCAUCCCCUUCCUCCAUCAGAUAUCCUCCACCAAUGAAGGAGUGUUCAUCCAAAGACUCCCCACCUUCAGCCCCUUCAACAGAUUUGGAGGACCUGAAGGAAAAAAAAGUACGAGUUUUUGAGAGGAAGAAAACCGAGGCAGAAGAAUCCGAGGACAAAGACAGCAGAGAAUAUGACCAUCAUCUCUUGGAGAUCAAUUCCAUGGUGGAGGUUUAUAAUCCACCCAUCUAUGGUGUGAUACGUUGGAUUGGAGAGCUACCAGAUGUGGAUGAGACAGUUGCUGGCUUGGAGCUGGAGGAACCACUACCAUCAGGCUGCACAGAUGGACAGUACGGAGGGAUCCGCUAUUUCUACUGCCAACCAAACAAAGCCCUCUUUGUCAAGCUGCACCAGUGCCACCCUGACUCACGUUUUGACACUUUGCAGAGUCCAGAGAAUCCUGUUUUGCGAUGCAACUCCUUGGACUUUCGGGUCUAUGCCAGUGCCAAGGUGGAGGAGGACACACCACCACCCCCGUUGGGCAAUCAGGGUAUGGAACUUCUCUCGGGAUGGAAGAAGGGGAUCCAAGGUCAUUGCAACUCUUGCUACCUUGAUGCUACUUUGUUCUGUAUGUUCUCCUUUACUUCUGUGUUGGAUUCAAUGCUGCUACGACCAGCAGACAAGAAUGAUGGGGAAUCUUACAUCGAGACACGGGAUCUCUUAAGAACAGAGAUUGUCAAUCCUUUGCGCAAGAACGGCUAUGUCUGUGCCACCAAAAUCAUGGCCUUGCGGAAGGUUUUGGAAACAGCUGGGCACUCCUCAGGCUUUACCAGUGAAGAAAAAGACCCAGAAGAGUUCCUUACCCUGCUCUUCCGAGUGCUAAAGAUGGAGCCUCUCUUUCAGAUCCGCUCAGCUGGCCAGGACCCUCAUGGCUGCAUUUUCUACCAAAUAUUUACUGAGGACCACACAACUCAAGUGGUCCCAACAGUUCAAGAGCUUCUGGAGGGAUCACUGGUGACUGGGGACCUCAAAUUCACAGAGGCCCCUUCCUGCCUUAUUCUUCAGAUGCCUAGGAAUGGGAAGAACUUCAAAGCCUUCCGAACCAUCCAACCCAGCCUGGAACUUGAUCUCACAGAUCUCCUGGAAGAAACUCCUCGAGAGUGUUGUGUAUGCCAAGGACUGGCUGUAAUGGAGUGUCCAGAUUGCUACCGGGAUCCUGGUUUUGGCAUUCGACACAUCAAACAAUUCUGCAAGAUUUGCAGUCAGCAGGUUCACAAGCACCGGGACCGACGGUACCACCAGCCCCGUCUGCUGGAUAUGCCUGAGGAGUUUUCCCACUUUGGCUCCCAGCCAGAGUCCAUCCCCCGCCAGACCAUGCAGCUCUUUGCAGUCCUGUGCAUUGAAACAAGCCAUUAUGUAGGCUUUACCCGCCAUGGCCCAGAUAUCCACCAGUGGCUUUUCUUUGACAGCAUGGCCGACCGUGAGGGUGGAUUGAAUGGCUUUAACAUCCCUCGUGUCACACCCUGUUCAGAGGUAGCAGAUUACUUAGAAAUGUCCCCUGAAACUCUGCAGGGCUUGGAUCCCAAAUCUUUGCCCUCAUAUGCCCGCCGUCUCCUCUGCGACGCUUAUAUGUGCUUCUACCACAGCCCUUCUCUCAGCCUCUACAAAUAAAUAUUUGGAUGAGACACAAGAGAUUCUAGAAGAAGAGAGGGGAGCCAUGUGGAUGCAGGGAUCCCAUGGUAGAUAUGGCUGAAAUUCUGGGUGUUUAAAUGAGAACCCUUGGGAGAGAUGACCUGCCACCCAGAGCACUGAGCAAUCCAAAAGCAUGGGCUACAUAUAGUUACCUAGAACUCUUCAGAUGGAAGCAGCAUUGGAGUCUGCCCUUUGUUCAGGACCAAUCCGGGUGAAAUGCUUAAAAACAUUCUGGGGAACUUCCCCUAAUCACUCUUCACCAUUCUCAAAUUUUUGGGUGUGGUAGACACAAUUGAAGUAACUCCAUCCAUUCUGAACAGCUCACCAAAGGAU